AUGAUUGAUUUAUUAAAUGGAUGUUUUCUUUUCAUGGUACAGAAAUUCUUCAUUGUUGCCCUUGCCUUGUGCGCCAGCGUUUAUGCUGAUGUUUCUGAAUUAGGCUAUAAUUAUGAAGAACCUGCAGCUGCUCAUGUAGAGCAAUAUUCUGCACCAGCUCCAGUGCAACAAUACUCUGCUCCCGCCCCAGCUCCGGUGCAACAUUACUCCGCUCCCGCUCCAGUCCAUCACUACGCUGCUCCCGCCCCAGCCCCAGUACAACAUUAUUCCGCCCCAGCUCCAGUUGAACACCACGCUGCUCCUGCCCCAGCUCCAGUUCAACAUUACUCCGCCCCUGCUCCAGUUGAACACCACGCUGCUCCAGCUCCAGUACAACAUUACUCAGCACCUGCUCCAGUUGAACACCACGCUGCUCCCGCUCCAGCUCCAGUUCAACAUUACUCCGCUCCCGCCCCAGCUCCAGUUCAACAUUACUCCGCCCCAGCACCUGUCCAUCACCACUCUGCCCCUGCCCCAGCUCCAGUUCAACAUUACUCCGCCCCAGCACCUGUCCAUCACCACUCUGCCCCCGCUCCAGUCCAACACCAUGCUGCUCCCGCCCCAGCUCCAGUUCAACAUUUCUCAGCUCCGGCCCCUGCUCCAGUUCAACACUACUCUGCCCCUGCCGCCGUUCAGUCACAUGCCUCCGCUCAAUCCUACUCUGCCCCAGCUAAUGUUGGUACUUCUUAUCAAACUAACGAAGGUUACAAAUACAAGACUGUUCGCCGUGUCGCCUAUAGACGCCGUGCUUAUAAUCACUCAUAUAAAAACUUUAAGAUUUUAAGAAUGAAAUCACAUUUGGUCACUGACCAUAACCCGAAUAAUAACUCAAAAUUAAGUUCCCCCAAAAACUUGGCGAGAAACAUCAUCUGUCCAGAAAUGAAACUUUUUGUGGUUGCCGCUUUGGCCAUGCUGGCUGUUGUAGCCGCUGAUGUUUCGGAAUUGGGCUACAAUUAUCCUCAACCAUCUGGUGGUGGAUCCUUUGGCGCUGGCGGUUCGUUUGGUGGUGGUUCCCAUGGUGGAUCGUCGGGUGGUUCAUUCGGUGGUGGUUCUCAUGGUGGAUCGUCGGGAGGUUCCUUUGGCGGUGGCUCCCAUGGUGGAUCUGUAGGUGGUUCAACUGGAGGUUCCUUUGGUGGUGGUUCCCAUGGUGGAUCUGCUGGCGGUUCCUUUGGUAGUUCUCAUGGUGGAUCUGCUGGUGGUUCCUUCGGUGGCUCUCAUGGUGCUGCCCCUGCUCCAUCCAGACAAUAUGUUCCCCCAGCUAGUGGUGCUUCUCAUGGUAGCUCUUUUGGCGGUUCCACUGGUCCUUCUCACGGAAGCUCGUUCAGUGGUUCCACUGGUGGUUCUCAUGGUCCUUCUCACGGAAGCUCAUUCAGUGCUCCAGCUGGUGGCUCUUUCGGUGGUUCCCAUGGUGGAUCUACUGGCGGUUCCUUCGGUGGUUCUCAUGGUGCUGGCUCAGCUCCAUCCAGACAAUAUGUUCCUCCCGCAAGUGGUGCUUCUCACGGCAGCACUUUCGGUGGCUCUGCUGGUCCAUCCCACGGUAGCUCUUUCAGUGGUUCAACAGGUGGUUCAUUUGGCGGUCCCCAUGGUGCUGCUUCGGCUCCUUCUAAAUCAUAUGUUCCACCAGCAGCCGGACAUCAAUCAGCACCAUCUGCAUCUUUCCCAUCGGGUGGAUCAUCCUCGGGAUCUUUCCAUUCUGGUGGUGCCGCUCCUUCUCACCAUGGCUCGUCUUCAUUCUCCGGCAGUAGCGGUGCCGCCUCUGCUCCCUCCCGUUCCUAUGUACCACCAGCAGCCCAUCAUGCUGCAGCCUCUGCACCCACAGGCUCAUUCUCCGGCAGUGUCGGCACAGGUUCCUCAUUUUCCGGACCAGUAGGUGGUUCUGGUUUUGGCGGUGGUCAUUCGGGUUCCUUUUCCUCCGGCAGCUCUCAACAAGGUGGCUCCGGCGUAGGUGGCGGUGCUGAUGGUUACAAUUAUCCUCAGCCUGCUCGUGUUUUUAAACAUCGUGUUUAAUUCGAAAACAUUCGAUGGUGUUGAAAAAGUUCAUAUGUGAUGUAAAUUUCAUUAAAUUUUUAAGAAACGAAUAAAAAAU